GGAAAAAUGUGUUUGUGAUCGGCGCCGUGUGCUCUAUUAGCAGUGCUGUUAGUGGAUCCAAAAUGGCGUCGUCUGAUUUCAGAACAGAUGUUAAUCUGGCAUGCAGAGCUGCUGACGAGUUUGUCAAUCUGUACUAUGAAACCAUUGACAAGAGAAGAAGACAACUGACCAAGCUUUACAUGGAUACAGCAACAAUGGUGUGGAAUGGGAAUGCCAUAUCGGGACAAGCUGCCCUCGUUGAAUUUUUCGAAAUGUUGCCAUCCAGUGAAUACCAGGUCUCCAUGUUUGAUUGCCAGCCAGUCUGUGAGCAAGCUACCCAAGGCCAGAAAACGGUUUUGGUUGUCGCCCACGGAUCAGUGAAAUUUGAAGGAAAUAAACCACACUACUUCAACCAAAACUUCUUAUUGUCUCUUCAUGCAACAGCAACGAGCAACGUGUGGAAGAUUGCAAGUGACUGUUUCCGUUUCCAGGACUGGGCCAGCUAGUGCAAGUGCUGCACAUUUCCUCUCUGACGUUGUGUGCCUGGACCAAGAUGUCUGGCUAUACCUGUGACUGAUCUUAGGACUGCUAGGAUGUCUUGUCUGAACAUGUGGCUGUAAACGUGUCACGAUGCAUGUAUACGGUGCCAGACAACUGGGAUCUGCCUGUGUACUGUUAACUAUGUAGGAGCAUCAUUCCGUGUGUGUGUUUUCAGACAUAUGUUUUUUCUAAAGUAUUUUUUUUCCUUAAAAUCAGAAAUUUCUAAAUUUGAAAAUAAUGUAAAACCAUUUAAUGAGGUUUUUUUUUUUUUUUUUUUAAUGCUUUUGAAUAGAUACAAACAGUGUAUUUCUUGAG